CCUGACAGUAUUCCUCCUUUCCGAGCUCCGUUCGCGAAACCCUAGCGAAACCUGUAAAUUGUCUGGCCGUGUCCCAGCCGUAACGGCUUCCCAGGGGUCCCAAUGGCAACGGAGUAGCGUACGGAUUCUCCAAUCACUCGAUUGAUUUCCUUUGUUGAAGACGAUGAAGCUCCUGUGCCUCAUCGGCGUGCUGCUGCUGGUCACGAUGGCCGCCGCCUGUCCCGAGGAUGCACAGGCCAAGGCCACCGCCACAGAGGCUGGUAAGUGCUAAGGGAGGGGACGAACGACGGCACUUCAUCUCUCUCCCUGUGCUGCGUCCUUCGUCAGGUAACCGUGCAUCCCCAUCCCUCCGUGGCGAGCAACUCGACCCCUGCUGCGGGGAGGAACCGGAUUACUCCAACUGCGACAAUGCUCCCGAUCCGGUGGCAUGCAGAUUCAACUGCGUCUGGAGCGAGCCCUGCCUCAUGUACGAUGACCCUGAUCCUACUCCUACUCCGCCUGACGAUGUCUGCCCUUCGGACAGCGAGUGCUGCAGGGAGAGGAUCGUCAAAGCGUGGGAGUGGGCGUGUGCUCAGAUCUGCAGCAGGGUCACGGACGGGAAGUGCGUUGAGCCGUAUACGGUUCGCCCUAUCCCGAAUGGCCCCUGCUUUGACAGAUGCUACGACGAGCGCAAGACAUUGCGGAAGUGCUUCUGCAAAAAGGCAGUUUUAGAAGAAGGGCGGAGGUGUCCGCUUUAUGAUGGGGACAUCGUUGACGGGUGCUGUGAAAUGAAUCCUGGGAUAUGCUUUUAAUUAGCCGUAGACAGGGGGGCUUUUUGUGUCAAUUUGUUGCCUUUCUGAGCCUCUGUGAGAGCUGCUAUGGGAGCUGGAAGGGUAUGUAAUCAAUGUGAUGCGGAUGUUCACAUCUGUAUGUUUCGUGAUUCCUGACACAUCGUGUGAUAUCGUGUGAGAUAGACAGACAGACCGACAGUCGGGCGGAGGUGUGCGUGUGUCGUCAUCAAUCACUCCAGUGUAUUUGUUGUUUGUUCUGCUCUCUGACCUGCCCUGCAGCCGUCUGUAUUUUUCGUUUCGGUCCUCUCUGUUUGUCUGUGCGUGUUAGAUUGUUUUUGCGUCUGAGUAGGUUUUUUUGUGCACCGUCAGUAGAUUUCCGUGUGAGCUAGUUUUUGUGUGCGCACACACACACACACGGACGUACAUACAUGGGGUCGGUCGAUCCGUGCUGUCCUGUGUGGGGGGUCGUGAUGAGGUUCACGCAACACAGGGAGCAGGGAGCAAUAGGGCUGAACACAGAGUGCAAUUGAUGCGCAAAGGACGACACACGGACGAGUCGCUGUGGCAGGCAAUGUACCUGUCACCACGACGAGUGAUGUGUGUUGAUUCAUGUGUGGGGUGCUGCGGGGGUGGCUGAGUGAGUGGGACCACACACACCGGGUGGAGGGAAGUUUCAUCGAGGGACUUUACUUUGGUUUCACAUACUGAAAACGAGAUUGCUCGCG